AUGCCAACCCAGGCAUCCGUCUCUCCCAUUGCUGGGACCAACGGCUCAGUCAGCAGCAAAACCAUCCAUCAAUUCGCCAACCUGCUCGACUGGGCCGAAAACAUUGCCGUUCGCCCCAAUGGUAACCUCUUGGUGACGCUGCUGGGUCUGAAGCCCCAGCUCUGGCAAAUCGCCGAGCCAUGGACGGAUACCCCCGCCGCGACACUCGUCCACACCUUUCCCAGCGAGUUGUACGGCCUCGUCGGCAUUGCCGAGACGAGUCCCGACGUCUUUGUCACGGCCGGUAUCAACACGACGACGCCCAGUCUGUCUUCGGUCUGGGAGGUGACGUUUGGUACCGACGAUAAUGAUGGAUCCGAGUCCGUCGCCACCCGCAAGAUUGCCGACAUGCACAACGCCAUUGUGCUCAAUGGCGUAGCGGCGGUGCCGGGUUGCGGCGACGAACCCUCCUCCUCCUCGGCCGUCUUGAUUGCCGAUUCCAUGGCUGGCGUCGUCUUUCGCGUAGACACCCAGACGGGCAACGUCACCACGGCCGCCCAGGUGCCCGAAAUGGCGCCGCUCGGCAACAUGACGUCGACGCAGAAUAUUGGUAUCAAUGGUAUCAAGAUCCGCGACGGCUACCUCUACUUUGACAAUAGCUACGCGGCGACCUUGUACCGCGUCAAGAUUGACGAGACCGGCUUCGUGGCCGCGGACGCCGUUGCUGAAAAUGUUGCCGUCAUUAGCGAUGAGACCUUUCUCGAUGACUUUGUGUUUGACACGCGCGGCAAUAUCUACAUUGCCUCAAAUCACGGAAGCACGGUGCGCCGGGUUGAUAUGGCGACGGGUGACAAUGUUGUACUGGCUGGAGCUGCAGGUCAACAGACUGUCCUCGGGGAUACGGCUGCAGCUUUUGGAAGAACGGAUAUGGAUCGCGAAGUCCUAUACGUGACAACGAGUGGCUUCGAUGUCAAGACGGCCGUCGAGCCAGGCAAGGUUGUUGCUAUCAACGUUGCUGGAUUGAAGUAG